GGAAUAGGAAGCGUUCUUGUGAGAAUCGGCACGACGACUCGACGUCGUUUGCUAAGAAUUCUUAGCUCAAUUACACUUUCUUAGUGUCGCACUUGCGUCAACAAUGUUAUUAUCGAAGCGAACCCUCUCUAUCUUUCUAGUGCCAGCACUCUUUUGCUUUUUUGCCAGGAAUUAUGCCGUGUCACAUUUCUAUCGCGAUCCAACCUCUAAAUUCUUCGAUCCCAAAAGAGCAUAUGAACAGAACUACAGCCAUGUACGUCGGGAGGAAGCAGACGCCUUUGUUUCUGCGUCUGCGACCAAGACUUUUAUCCGAAACUCUAACAGCACGCCUCUACUUUGUAUCGGCAUUCCCUCUAUCGCUCGACCCAGCGGCGAUGUCUACCUUCGAGCUACAGUUGGGUCAAUCCUGGAAGGUCUCACACCUCAUGAGAGAGAUACGAUAUAUCUGAUGCCAUUCAUCGGCCAUACAAAUGCAAGCGAGCAUCCUGUGUUUACCGAGCCGUGGCUACGGAAUGUUGCAGACAAGGUUCUGACGUAUAAUAAUUCGAAGUUCGUUUCCAGCGAAGAAUACAUUCACAUACAGGACCUGGAGAAUGAGAGGAAGCGAACAGGCCUUCCCGACAGGGAGAAGCAUAUGUUUGAUUACAUUCGAGUACUGAGAGAAUGCGAAGACGUUGGCGCGAGGUAUAUUGCGGUCUUUGAGGAUGAUGUUCUAGCAUUAGAUGGUUGGCUGCACAGGACGAGCAACGCGCUUGAAGAGGUCGAACGUCAGACCAAGAUAAACGGGCAGAAUGGAUUUUUUUAUUUGAGACUCUUCUACACCGAAGCACAACUAGGCUGGAACAGCGAAGAAUGGCCUGUAUACUUGUACUGGGCAUCUCCGUUUUUCCUUCUUGUAGUCCUUUUCCAUCUUGUCAUUCGUCACAUCCUCCAAGGAACACCCCUCUUAUCGCGUCAUAGCAGAAUAAUUCUCUCUGCUAGUGUUUUAACUACGUCCUUGAUGGCCGUUUUUUUCUUGGCCGCCGGGCGGGUCAGCGUGCUACCUUUAAAAGUCGGGGUCAACCCAAUGGAUAAGUAUGGAUGCUGUGCGCAGGCGAUUGUCUAUCCAAGAAACAAAGUCUCAAUGUUAGCGAAUUGGUAUGGCGACCAAAAAAUUGGAUUUGUUGAUACUCUUGCGGAGAAGCUUGGCGACGAGAACCCUAAUGAAAUGGGGGGAAGAUGGGCAUUGACACCGAGCGUUGUGCAACACUUGGGUGGGAGAAGCAGUAAAGGAGACGCGCAGUGGGACGGAGAAGUCGUUCACUUAUAUGGUAAAACCACAGGUGAAAUGAUCUGGAACUUUGCAUUCGAGCUGAAUGACCCGGAUGCGUUGAGGCAUGAACAUGCUUCAGAAGCGCAGCACUAGGGGGCUCAGACCAAAUGUCGUAGAUACACUAGGUAACAUAGGUAACAGCCAGAUACCAAGUGUUUAUCAAGCCGUUUCAGAUUCCCUG